CUGAGGCUGCUCAUUAUUCAGAGACAGCCGGAGCUCAGGUCAUCUGCAGCUGCCGUACUGAAGAAGAAGAAGAAGAAGAGGAGGAAGAAGAAGAAGAAGGAGGAGGAGGAGAAGAAGAAGGAGCAGCGAAGAUGGCGAAUAUACUGCAGAUCUAGACCGGGAACAACUUCGCAGAAGAUCCAGGAUCCAGCCGUUUCCCUGAUUCUCCAGGGAGUGUUGAGCGAUGGAAGGGCUGCAGUGCGAUGGCUGUGAUUUUCGUGCAGAGUCGUAUGAGGAGCUGAAGGCUCACAUCCGGGACAUCCACACGGCCUUCCUGCAGCCCGCAGAGGUGCAAGACGGAGACGAGACCCCGAAACGCUCCAGAUCCACAUCACUGAGCCAAACUGAGGAUGAGGAGGAAUUCACCAACCAGGAAAGAGACCCGCUGAAGGAGGAAACAGGUGUCCCCUCCUUUAACAAAGACCUUGGCCACUUCUCCGGUUCAAAGCUAGCCAAACACAACCAGUCAGCAAAACCUACAAACAAAACCACAGCGCCGUUUUUUCAGUGCAAGUUCUGUGUGCGCUACUUCAGAUCCAGCUCUCUUCUCAGUGAGCACACCAGGAAGGUUCAUGGAGAAGCAAGCGACGAAAGAUCCCUCAAAACUCCCAAGCAAGCCAGUGCUUCAGUGCACAAUGCAGUAGGAACAGUCUUUUCUUGCCAAUAUUGCACGUAUAAAUCCCCACACAGAGCACGGAUUCUGAAACACCAUAAGGUGCAUCAUAAAGAAGCUCCAACAGGCCUCUCGGCUCCCCCUGCUGAUGCGGAGGUUUUGGAUUUGGACUCUGAUGUCUCCUCAAUUGAAGAUCAAAGUGAAGAUUCACCAGGGGAUGUAGAACGGCAUGUACUGGAGUCUAUGAUUAAACCCCAAUCAAAAGGAGGCUUUAACUGUGAAUGGUGUGGCUUUCAGACUUCACAAAGGCAGCAGCUAGCUGAUCACAUGAUGAAGAAACACCGUAACAUGGUAAAGAUCAUGGUGUCUUUGCAACAACCUAAAGUGCAAGAUGGAAGUGCAGGCUCCAGCAAAUCAGAUUCCGCUUCAUCCAGGAGAAGCACUCCAACCUCCAAUUUAAACCUGAAUGAUAUAGCGGGCACUGAAAGUUCUUCAGCAAAUGCCUCUUCAGUCAAAGGAUCUGGCAACGCAUCACUAAAGGGCAGUUCAGGGAUAUCAAGUUUUCAGUACUCACAGCUCACAUCAAAAAUACCUAACAGCACAGGAUCUUCCAUACUGUCAGAGAGAUCGACUUUCACCAUGUCAGAUAUAUCCAGGUCUGGCAUGGAUCUCGAUGCCAGUGUGCUGAAUGAUUCCAGAAGCAGUUCAGAUGAUGAACUCUGUGACAUGGAUGAUCCUAAUAACACAGAGUCCGCUGAGGAUUCUGCUAAGCUGCUUCUGUCUGAGGAGGAUAAUGACUUGCUUGAAACAAAAGGAGUUCCAUUCAGAAGACACAUGAACCGGUUCCAGUGUCCUUUCUGCUCCUUUUUGACCAUGCACCGGCGUAGUAUUUCUCGUCACAUAGAAAACAUACACUUAUCUGGCAAAGCCACAGUGUAUAAAUGCGAUUCAUGCCCCUUUCUUUGCACCAACCCACUGAAACUUGACGCGCACAAACAAUGUCACAGUGGGUCUUCCGAAUGGGACACCAUGGACCUGACCAGUGGAAGUCCUGAUGAUCAAGCCGAAUGCUCCGAGCCGGUGAAUGGAGGAAACAGCAGCUCCAAAAUCAAUGGGAAAAAGUCCAGUGGAGUGGAGGAGCAGCAGGGUCCUCAUCGGUGCUCACUGUGCAACUUUUCCACCAUCACGCUUAAAGGUCUACGUGUCCACCAGCAACACAAACACUCAUACUGUGAUGGAACACAAGUCCCUGGUCAAGAGGGUUUAUCCAAUGAGCAGCAAGAUUCUGAAUCCGAGUCCUGUGGUUCCUCAAGCUUUGUACAAAAAACUCAAACCUCAAUUCUUGGAUUUUCAACCAAAAAGCACCUUAUUGGGAAGACCGCAAGAAAGUCCAUAAAUGAUUUGCCCUUAGAUCUCUCUCCCGUAAAAAAACGGACAAGGAUUGAUGAAAUUGCAAAUAAUCUCCAAAGCAAGAUUAGUAAAAGCCAGCAACAUGAAGAUGUGAUUAAUCUCGAGGAGAUGGAUGAUGAUGUUGAGGAGAAUGGCAAUCACAUUGAUGCAGAAGCAAGCAAAGAUAGAGAUUUGUCUAAUGCUCGAAACCAGCACUACAUGUUCCACGGUCAGCACCUUCAUGGUAGGAAUUCUGGAGGUCUUCCAACAGAACGUGGUGUUGGGAAAAGAAAGCGAAGCCUGCAGUCCAAACUCAGCUCGAGAAACCUUCCUGUUCAGUUAACCAUUUCUGAUGAUGAAGAGAAUUACAGUGGCUCCUUGGAAUCUAAACAUGCUCAAGAUCAAAGCAGUCAAGAUGGCAGAGAAAUGCACCAGGAAAAUGUUGAAUACACUGCGGAACCUGGGAACCUGUUCUACUGCAAACACUGCGAGUACCAAAACAAGUCUGCUCGCAGCGUCAGCACACACUACCAGAGGAUGCACCCGUACAUCAAGUUUAGCUUCAGAUACAUUCUGGACCCAGAGGAUCAGAGCGCAGUCUUCCGUUGUCUCGAGUGCUUCAUUGAAUAUAACAACUUUAAUGAUUUGCACCAGCACUAUAUGACUCAUCAUCCAGAAGCAAGUAACGUCUUAAACUUUAACCAGCCAGAUCUUGUGUAUAUGUGCCGUUUUUGUUCCUACACAAGUCCAAAUGUGCGUAGCCUGAUGCCCCAUUAUCAAAGGAUGCACCCUUCGGUGAAGAUCAACAAUGCUAUGAUCUUCUCAAGCUAUAUGGUCGAUCAGCCUCAUAAGGGUGCGACUGAGUCGCAAACACUGAGAGAAAUCUUAAAUUCUGGGCCAAAGAGUUUUAGCUCCACCUCAUCUGGGUCCAGAUCGUCAUCCAGUCCGGCUCUCAAAAGCAUUUCCAAAACGCCAGAGGCAAAUGCAGAGGUUGAAACACUUCGAGAGGGCCUAGGGGGCAAUGUGGUGGUGUAUGACUGUGAUGUCUGUUCUUUCUCAAGUCCCAACAUGCACUCGGUGCUGGUCCAUUAUCAAAAGAAGCAUCCCGAGCAAAAGGCCUCAUACUUCCGCAUACAGAAGACCAUGCGGGUCAUUUCUGUCGAGCGAGCACAGAUGGCCAGCAAUUCAACCUACAGCCUGACCAGCACCCCAAAGUCUUCAAACCCCAUCCUGCCUGUGCCUCUGGAUGAAGAUGUUUACUACUGCAAACACUGUGUCUACAACAACCGCUCUGUCGUGGGCGUUCUGGUCCACUACCAAAAGAGACAUCCGGAGAUUAAAGUAACAGCAAAGUACAUAAAGCAGGCACCCCCAACCCCUGGACUGCUGAAACUCAUGGAUGAGCUACAGAUCGCUCCACCUAAGCAAUUUCUAAAGCAGUUUAGCAACAAUGGCAUUGAAGGGUCUGGUAAUUCCAACACUAAAGGAGCAUCCGACAAGGGGGAACCAGAAAUGCUGUUUUUCUGUCAGCACUGCGACUACGGGAACCGCACUGUGAAGGGAGUGUUGAUUCACUACCAGAAGAAACAUAGAGAUGUAAAGGCCAAUGCAGACCUCGUCCGCAGACACACCGCUGUGGUCCAGAGUCAGAGAGAGCGAGCGCAGAUGAUCCAAGCGGGAAGUUCUACGGCUACUUCUACUGUAGCUGCUGAAGCUGAAAAAUCCAGGUCGUUGCGAUCUUUGAAGUGUAGACACUGUCCGUACACUUCUCCUUAUGUGUAUGCCUUGAAGAAGCAUCUGAAGAAGGAUCAUCCUACUGUGAAGGCCACAGCUAUGACUAUCUUACACUGGGCUUAUCAGGACGGCGUGCUGGAGGCUGGUUAUCACUGUGAGUGGUGCAUAUAUUCCCACGCUGAACCAAGUGGGCUGCUCAUGCAUUACCAAAGACGCCACCCUGAGCACAAUGUGGACUACACGUACAUGGCCAGCAAGCUGUGGGCUGGUCCUGAUUCUUCCACUAGCAGGCAAGCUGGGAAUUCUGAAACAAAGCAUUAUCAGUGUAGAGAUUGUGCCUUUGAGGCAUGCUCCAUUUGGGACAUUACUAACCAUUAUCAAGCAGUGCACCCUUGGGCCAUCAAAGGUGACGAGUCUGUUCUCAUUGACAUUAUCAAAGGAAACAAAGCACCUGAUAAGCAGCUCCCACAACAAUCCAAAGCACAUGCUUCGAUGUCCAGUCCGUUCAAUAGUCACCAUCAGGAAGAGGUUGCAGUUGAAAUUAAUCGGUCACCUCUAGAGCGGCAGCCGAAUCUCUCUCUGUCUGCCACCUCGUCGAUCUCAAACAACCCUUACCAGUGCACCGUCUGCUUGUCUGAGUACAAUAGUCUUCAUGGACUUCUGACCCACUAUGGCAAGAAACACCCAGGCAUGAAAGUGAAAGCGGCUGACUUUGCUCAGGAAGCGGACAUCAACCCUAGCUCGGUUUACAAGUGCAGACACUGUCCGUACGUGAACUCUCGAAUCCACGGGGUUCUCACACACUACCAGAAACGCCAUCCAUCAAUCAAAGUCACUGCUGAAGACUUUGUUGAUGAUGUUGAGCAAGUAAACGAGGCAUCGAGUGAGAACGAAGAGCGAUCUAAAACCCAGAGGCAAGGCUACGGCGCAUACCGCUGCAAGAUGUGUCCUUACACACAUGGCACUUUAGAAAAACUCAAAAUACACUAUGAGAAAUACCAUAAUCAGCCUGCUGCAGACAUGUUUAAAGCAACUAACAUACAGUCGCCGGUCGGAAGGGAUGAUUUAGUGGCAGAAUGCAGCACUAGCAGUCAGCCCGAAGUCCCGGAGGUGUGUGACUAUAGCGUACCAAUUUCCGAAGUCGCAAAAAGUGAUAAGCAUGCAGUGUUUAAAUGUCAGCUGUGCAAAUACUUUUGCUCCACCAGGAAGGGCAUUGCCCGCCACUACCGUAUCAAGCAUAAUAAUGUCCGAGCACAGCCAGAAGGGAAGAAUAACGUCUUUAAAUGCGCUCUCUGCUCCUACACCAACCCCAUCCGCAAAGGCCUCGCAGCACACUAUCAAAAACGCCACGACAUUGAUGCAUACUACACACAUUGCUUGGCAGCUUCCAAGACUGUGACUGAGAAACCAAAUAAAGUGAUGUUGCCCCUGGUGUCAGAAGCUGAUGGUUCGGGGAUGAGCGAGGAGUUACGGCAAGCGGUGGACCGAAGGAAAUGUUCGCUCUGCUCCUUCCAGGCUUUCAGCAAAAAGAGUAUAGUUUCUCAUUACAUAAAGCGCCACCCAGGAGUCUUUCCCAAAAAGCAGGCCGCCAGCAAACUGGGCCGAUACUUCACUAUGAUCUACCCUAAGGAGGUGGAGGAAUCUCCUAUAAUGGAGAACGUGGAGAUAGUUGAAGUGAAGGAUGAGGUGGAACCUGAAGGUGAGGUCGACUGGCUGCCUUUUAAAUGUCUGAAAUGCUUCAAACUCUCGUUCAAUGCGGAGGAGCUGCUGGUGAUGCAUUACAACGACUGUCACGACAAGGAACUGAAGCGGGAUUUCGUCGCCGUCACGAGCCCUGCAGAAGAUGGCACUGAGCUCUACCAAUGCACACACUGUGAAAUCAAGUUCUUGACUCUUCCAGAACUCAGCAUCCAUCUCAUGAACCACAACGAGGACUUUCAGAAAAAAGCCAUGCGGCUGGAAAGAAGAAAACAGCUUCAGAGCAAGCAGAAGACGGUCGAGCCGCCAGAAGUCAAACCAGAGAUUAAGCAGGUGGACAGCACAUCUGGUAAGACCCCCGUUGGCUACAAGUGUAACUUCUGCGUGGAGAUCCAUCCCAGCCUAAGGUCCAUCUGCAACCACCUGAGGAAACACGUGCAGUACCGUGAGGCCAAGGAUGCACAUCUGAAGCAGGAGUCCGCGGAGGCACCGGUCACUCCAGCAGGGGUCAGCAAUGGAGAUGUGCUGUCGGGGCCCGCCGAGGCUCCAGCGGGGGUCAGUGUGUCGGAGCCGGAGCCGCCGGAGGGUCUGGAGCCGCUGGAGAAGAGCCGUCUGCUGCCCGGACACCCCUGCGGACUCUGCGACCGCAUGUUCAUGUCCAUGCAGGGCCUGCGCUCACACGAGAGGAGCCACUCGGCCGUCACACUGCUCAACCGCAGCGACAAACACAACUGCCAGUACUGCCAGUUCUCCUCGCCGUUCAGACACAAUCUGGACCGACACGUUCAGUCUCAUCAUGGACACCAGAAACCCUUCCGCUGCAAGAUCUGUCCCUUUAAAUCCUCAUACAUGAGCCGCUUGAAGAGCCACAUGCACAAAACACAUGCCGGAGAGCACCCGUAUAAGUGUGUGUCGUGUGUGUUUUCCGCCGUGAGCAUCAGUCAGCUGAAGGAGCACUCGCUGCAGGAGCACGGAGAGACGCUGACGCUGCACCGACUCAAAGCUGCAGCUCCGAGAAACACACAACCUGCAGACGAGGAGGAGGAAGAGGAGGAGGAGGAAGAGGAGGAGAAACCAGAGCACAGCGAGUCUGCGUAUCUGGAGCCGGCAGAUGUGCAGCAGCAGUUGAGUCAUUUCCAGCUGUCGUCUCGUGUUCAGAGCGAUGUUUCCUCCAGUCCAUCUGACGCUGCGGUCCCCCAGGCCCGGCCUGAAUCCAUCCUCACCUGCGAGUUCUGCGAGUUCAGCUCUGGAUACAUGCAGAGUCUGCGCAGACACUACAGAGACCGGCACGGCGGAAAGAAGCUCUUCAAGUGCAAAGACUGCACCUUCUUCACCUGCAACAAGUCCACGUUCACGCUGCAUGUUGAAGGUGGUCACAGCAGCAGCAGCACCACCGCCGCCGCCGCCGAGGAGCCACAGAAAGAGUUACGAUGUCCGUUCUGUCUGUAUCACACCAAACACAAGAGCAGCAUGAUCGACCACAUCGUCCUGCACAGAGAGGAGCGUGUGGUGCCGCUGGAGGUCUCGCGCUCGAAGCUGUCUCGUCAUCUGGAGGGUCUGGUGUUCAGAUGCCAUAAAUGCACCUUCACCUGUUCCAGCGAGCAGAACCUGCAGCAGCACAUCCAGAAGCACGAGGAGCUGAAGCCGUAUCAGUGUCAGCUCUGCUAUUACGACAGCAAACUCCUGCACGAGCUGGAGACGCACCUGCAGGACCAGCACAAGGUGAUCCGCAACUAUGAGCUGGUGGGUCGGGUAAACCUGGACCAGCUGGACCUCCUGAAGGACAAGAUGAAGGACAUGAGCAGCAGUGAGGAAGAGGAGCGAGAGGAAGCAGAGCCUGUGGAGGAGGAAGCGGAGGAAGAGGAAGAGCUGCCGAUGGAGGAGGAAGAGGAGGAGAAGCUGCCGGAGGACAGACAGGAGGAGACCAGCUGCCAGACUGAGGAUGCAGACGCUGCAGAUGUUGCGUCUCCUGAAUCUCCCGGCAGCGCUGCAGUGAAGCGUUUUCCAUGCGAGUUCUGCGGCCGCACGUUCACACUGAGCACAGAAUGGGAACGACACGUCCUCCGACACGGCAUGACUGUUAACGGCAGCAAGACAGAGGGCAGUCCUGUUCCCUCCUCAGCGCUGCCUCUGAUUAGUCCCCUGGCUGUGAUUGACAGAGAGCUGGACCAAUCCAGCGACACCGAAGAUCAAUCAGACCUAUCCAAGUGUCCGAUUCUGAACGAAGAAGAAAAAAUGACGCUGGAGACCAAAAACGACCCAUAGGAGCAGAAGAAACGCUGUAGAGAAAGUGGCGCUCGAGAAUGUCGUACGUUUGUGGUUUUCGUCUGUCCGUUUUCUCAUUGAUUUGGUUGCAGAUCAACAUUUGGCUGCUUCAUGAUUGUUUGGGUGUCUCGGCUCGGAGGUUCGCUAGAUGUUCCAUGUUUGUUCAGUUGCUGAAUCUUACACUGAAUUUUACAAAGUGUGACUUGGUCCCUCAGGACAGAUGUUGAUAUAUUGGUAACCAAUAGUGAAUGAAACUGUGAGUCUGAUGCUGCGCUGGAAUCUCGAGUCCCUCCGCCCAGAGAUUUCCCAUGAUCCUUCAUUCCAAAGCCCCCUUUUUUCACUUCCCAUGCACUUUUAAGAGUAAAAAUCCUGAACCGUACCAAUCGAAUGUCUUCCGCGCACACACACUGAUAGUCUUGAAGACGGUGUGUCGGCGCUUCAGAAGCUUCUUCAGGAGGGACUCGGAUUCUCUCCAGAUGUCGCCUGACAGUUUCACUUUUUUUACAUUUUAGCCUUGUGUUAAUCUUCCUGUAGCUGAAUUCCUUGAGGAAUAGUUGUCAUCUUAUUUAUCUAGAUUUAUCAGAGGUUUGAUUCUUUUAGACGUGAUUUUAGAGAGAGUGUGUGUGUGUGUGUGUCCAGCUCCCCUAAACAAACUGAAAAGAGGAACGCGUAGCAAGUUGCUACUGGUGAAAGAUUUCUUGCACUUCCGCUUGACUUUAAUAACGGCUGAUGCUCUUCGUCUAUUGGUCCAGAGACGUUCCUGAUGGAUCUUAUUGGUCGAUUAUCCUACCGUUCUGCAUCUGAUUGGCUGGUUCAGAUUAAACUCUUCCCGAAUCUUCAGAACGUUUAAACAGCGUUUGUUUAUAAAUGUCAUGUUUUUUUAAUGAAUGUUUUCAGAUCGAUAAUCUAUCGAAAAUAAUGCAGCCAUACAGUUUCCAAGACAAAAACAAAUCAUUAAAACAUUUGAAAAGGGAUGUUCUGAACACUUCUGUGGUCAUUCUGGAGUAAUGUUCUGCUCAGUGUUCUUUAUUUGUUAUUAGCUGUGUGAAACGCUUAAAUAUAACAUUAUGAUCAAAUAUUCUUCCAGGAGCGUUAGGAGAACGUUUGUUCAGCGUUUUCUGGCCUUUAAUAAUGUUCAUAACACUUUCAGACAUCUUUCAUUGAUUCCUAAAUGCUUAUCUUUUGGUUUAGAAAGCAUUUAAAAGAAAUGUUCCCCUAAUAUUACUAAAACAAUGUAAACAGGGGCAGUUUGAAACCUCUAUUUUAGUAGAUAUUUGUGUUUGUUAAGUUGAAUUGAGAUGCAUUUGAGCAUUACUUUAAGCAAAGUUCUUCCAGUAAUAAGGCCGGAUUACACUGAAUGAUCCUUCUUUUAAUGUUCUCUAAAUGUUUUUCCUUUAUCCAUGAUGCAGUUGUGGACAUAAUUAUUAAUAAUAAUAACUAAUAAUAUUGGCCUUAGCAGUUUUUACAUUUAAAUUAUAUUAAUAUAUAUAUAUAUUCCAUCAAAACAGAAGAAAAAUACAGGAAAACACUGUGGCGGACAAAUGUCUUAUUAGAAACAUUAGAAAAGCUUGCAUCAUUUUUUUCUUCAACUUUAUGUUUUUCUAAAAGUCUUCUGUUGGACGUUAAUGUAACAUUUAAAAAAUAACAAUAUUAAUAUUAUAAUUAGUGCAGGGCAAAAAUGAAUUGCAAUCAAUCGCAUCCAAAAUAAACGUUUGUUUUGACAUAUGUGUGUAUAUUAUAUAUAGAUAAAUUUAUUAUCUAUUUAUAUAAGGGCUGCAUGGUGGCACAGUGGGUAGCACGAACACGUACACCUCACAGCAAGAAGGUCACUGGUUCGAGCCUCGGCUGGGUCAGUUGGUGUUUCUGUGUGGAGUUUGCAUGUUCUCCCCAUGUUGGUGUGGGUUUCCUCUGGGUGCUCCGGUUUCCCCCACAGUCCAAACACAUGCGCUAUAGGGGAACUGAUCAACUAAAUUAGUGUGUAUGAGUGUGAAUGGAUGUUUCCCAGUGAUGGGUUGCAGCUGGAAGGGCAUCCGCUGUGUAAAACAUAUACUGGAUAAGUUGGCGGUUCAUUCCGCUGUGGCGACCCCGGAUUAAUAAACAGACUAAGCCGAAAAGAAAAUGAAUGAAUAAAUAAAUACACACAUGCAUGCAUAUAUUUGAGAAAAUGUUUAUUUAUAUUUUAUUAUAUAAAAUAAAUAUGAAUAUGAUACAAAUUAUAUAUAAACUGAAAUAUAUAUGUGGCAAAAUAGUUUUGUGUAUUUUAUGUAUGUGUGUGUAUCACAUAUAUAAAUAUAUAAUAACAAACUUUUAUUUUGGAUGCGAUUAAUCAUGAUUAAUCUUUGCCCAGCACUAAUUAUUAUAGGUAAUCAUUUUUCAAAAGUAACGUUCCAAUAAUGUUCGGAUAUCCAAUAAUGUUCAAUAUGAUCAAAUUGUUCCGUUAGCACAUGCAGAACCCAGAAGAAAUGCUUUUAAAAUGUUGUGAGGACGUUCAGGGAUAAUGUUUUCAUAACGUUUGCAACACCUCUAUAUGAAAGAGUGUAUUUCAUGUCUCCUGUUGUGCUGUUUCUACACUGGACUAGUGCUGUCAGGCCUCGUGCACACUGGGAUGAUGUUUACUUGUUUAUAUCCAGCAUUUUUGAGAGAUUUUUGGCAUUCAUUCCCAGGGCAUUUUCACUGAUUUUCCAAGUGAGUGAAUGUGCAAAAUCACUGCCUGACACUAGAUGGCGCCUAAUGCAAAACAGAAAUACUUCAGAACACAAGGUGGCGCUGUGCUUCUUUACGCUUCAGACUUCAUUUGUUACACAGAAGUCGUCAUCCCUUCAGUUUUUAUUUAGGUGCUUUUUUCCAUUUUGUGCUUGAGCGCCACCAAGUGGUAUCUACCAUAACUUCAUGAACAAAACCUCCAAUCUCAUUGGUCAGACAGUUUUAAUGUGGCGCUUCAUAACAAAAAAUAAAUAAAUCUGAGGCAUUUAACAAAUAUUUUAAUAAAAAGAGCUGCAUAAAAAACAGAAUUGAGUACAUUUGUUGACUAAUCUCAUUGGGAAAAUUUUAAACGCAGUGUGUCAUACCAAAAACACGAAUCGGAGGUGUGUUUUUAUGCAUAUCGGUGCAUGUUUUGCGUAUCACACUCGUGUUAACUCUCUUAGUUUAGUCAUGAGGUGUGAAAUGUCAUUUUAGAAAUGUAAUUUAAUAUAAAGAGCAUUUAUUUAUAGCUGCUUAAAAACUUUGGUAAUUACCUUUCAGAAUGAGGUAAAUUAUUUAGAGCGUAAAAAACUGUCGAUAAGUGUGCACGGAUAAUUGUCCCAGUGUACAUGAGACCGUUACCAGCAGGCACAUGACGUCAGAUUGAUGUUGUAGCCCAAUGUCGUGGGAUGUUGCAUUUUGUUUGGAAAUGAAAAUCGAGCUGACAUCAGAACCCAACGUCAGGCUGACGUCAAUGUCUAAUGUUGGACAGACGUUGCAUUUUGGUUACUUUCCAACGCAACCUAAAAUCAACCAAAUAUCAACGUCUAAUGACGGUACAGCUUGAUGUUGUGUGGACGUUACCAAUAUGACGUCUAUCAGAUGUUGUAUUUUGGUUGCUAUACCUGACGAAUAAAUGUCAGUAUCUGACAUUAAUAUGACACUGGGUUAAGAUGUUAGCUCGAUGUUGGAUUUUGGUCACUUUCUAACAACCUAAAAUCAACCAAAUAUCAACGUCAUUUCAUGAUGUAAUUGGACAUAACAAUAACGUUGUCUUUAGACGCUGGCAACCUAAAUCUAACCUAUUAUUAACGUCUUAUGUCAAUGUGUGUCUGCUGGGUUUUUAGUUUCUAUAAGGACGAAUGAAAAAGCGAUUGCGCGACUGUUCCUCUAAGCAAACGUUCUCCUACUUUAAAUACAAGACGCGGUUAUCUUUCAGAAUGAAGUAAACUUCUUCACCAAUCUCAUUGGUCGGAUUUUUUAACGUGAUGCAUCAUACCAAAAGAACCAACACCAGAAUUGUUUUUAAAUUGUCGCUCACAUCAGCGCCCUUUAUUUACAGUGUAAAACAUUUAUUUAGGCGUAAAAGGUUGGUUUAUUGCCGUUUUAAGUGCACAUGAUUGUCAUUCCAGUGUGCACGAGACUUUUUGACUUUAUAUUAGUUACGAAUGAAAGCGAUUCCUCCGUAUAGAUUCUAGCUGCUUAAGUACAUUUCAUCACCAGUCCAUUUUAACAUGGCACGUCAUACAAUAAAACAUUUGAGCCAUUUUAUUUAUUUUUUUGUUUACAUUCGCUUUUGCUCCUCCCAUUUUACACACGCUCACAUCAGCCCCCUUUAUUUGGAGCAUUAAAAAUUGUCGAUAAGUGCGCACCAUAAUCGCCCCAGUGUGCAAGAGACUAGUUCAUAUGAGCUGAAAAAGUUCUGGACUGUUCCUCCAAACGAACGUUCUCCUCCUUUAAAUGCGAGAUGCGAUUACCUUUAAAAAUUAAGCACAUUUCUUUACCAAUCCCAUUGGUCAGACCAUUUUUAACGUAACGUCAUACCAAAAAAUCUACAUGAGCCGUUUUUUUUAAUUAAUGCUGAUAUUGUGCCUGCCAUUUUACACAAGCUCACGUUAGCGUUCUUUAUUUACAGCGUAAAAGACUUUAUUAGAGUCUAAAAUGCUUAUUUAGUCAUAAAAAUGUUGGUUUAGUCGUAAAGCACUGCUGUCAUCCCAGUGUUGAUAUAAGCUACGAAUGAACGUGAUUCCUGCUUAUAGAUUAUAGCUGCUUAGAACACUGAGCAUUAAGGAAAUUUCAUCACCAAUCUCAUUGGUCGGACCAUUUUAAAGUGGCGCGUCAUACCAAAAAAUAAUUUGAAAAUAAUUUUAUUUCGAUUUUGCAUUUGCCGUUUUACACAAGCUCACAUUAGCCUCCAUUACUUAAAGCAUUAAAAUUCAUCGAUAAGUGCGCACGAUAAUCGCCCCGGUGUGCAUGAGACUAUUUUUAGUUCAUAUAAGCUGAAGGACGAAUGAAAAAGUGAUCGCGCGGCCGUUCUCGUCUGUUCCUCCAAACGAACGUUCUCCUCCUUUAAAUGCGAGACGCGUGAAGUCGUCGUACCGUAAGGCUCAGAUUGUUGAACGUGAAAAAAUAAAAAAAAGAAGAAGCUGCUGGAAAACCCUGAAGCCUUACAGACACUUGUGUUUCUGCGGGGCCCGGCGGCUCCUCCAGGGGCCAAACCUGUAUAAAGUCAGUGUUUGAGAAGAGCUCUGUUCCUUUAAGUGUCGUUCUCAUAUUUAACUUAAACAAAAGCUGAAGAAUAGAAAGAGAAAAUACCAAUCGAUAGCUACGUUUUUAUUUCAUUUCUAGCUCUCCACUGUUGUAAAUCGUCUGGUUAAGAAACAAGUACUUUAAAAAUAAAAAAAGAGUUGUUUUUGUAGCCGUUGAGGGGCGCAGAUGAGGGUCUGUCCAUCCGUCUGUCCGUCUGUCUGUCUGUGGUAACACACUGGAUCUAUACUGUACAUAUAUUACGCUUGAUUGGGUUUCUUCCCUUUAAUCCUCUGCUAGAUCCUCCUGUACUCCUGAUGAGUUCUGAUAGUGGCUUGUGACGUCGACUAGACUGGUUGUUUACAGUUUUAUUCCUUUUGAUUUCUCUAUAUUCUGUACAUAUUGUAAUUCAUUGUCUUUUUUUAACUUGGUAAUAAAGUUAUCAGAUAACCUAAA